UGGGAUUAUAAGAAUAAGAAUAUUUUGCCGCCUUCAUUUGGACUUUGACUUUUAAUAUAUAUUUUUUUGAAUUUCCAGACUAGUUGUUUAUUCUUAACAAAUGGAUCUCGAUGCAGUUCUUGAUGAUGUAGAAGGACCAGCACCUACUAUAAAAGCAAUAAAUAGAGAUACAGUUCAUCGUAUCUGUUCUGGUCAGGUUGUACUGAGCUUGGCAGUAGCAGUAAAAGAGCUGAUAGAAAAUGCGAUAGAUGCUGGAGCAACUAUCAUAGACAUUUUUAUAAAAGAUUAUGGUGCUGAAUCAAUUGAGGUGCAAGAUAAUGGUAGUGGAGUAUUGAAGGGAAAUUUUGAAGCAUUAACUUUGAAGCAUCAUACCUCAAAAAUACAACAGUUUGAAGAUUUAAAAUAUGUGGGAACUCUGGGCUUCAGAGGAGAAGCAUUAAGUUCUCUCUGUGCUUUAUCAGAUCUAGUUGUUACCACCAGACACUCUAUAGCUGAGAUAGGAACAAAAAUAACAUAUGAUCGCAAUGGUAAAAUAGUUAAUCAACAGCCUGUUGCUAGAGAGCAAGGUACAACAGUAGCACUUGAGAAAUUAUUUUCAACUUUGCCAGUUAGGAGGAAAGAGUUUAUGAAGAAUUUGAAAAAGGAGUUUAGUAAAAUGUGCCAACUAUUAAAUGCUUACUGUUUGGUUUGUCCACAUAUAAAGUUCACUUGUAUCAACACCACAAAUCAUGGAUCUAGAAAUAUAGUUGUAAUGACAGAAGGCAAAAAGAACGUCAGAGAUGCUAUAACUUGUAUCUUUGGUAGCAAGCAAAUAUCCUCUUUGAUUGACGUUGAAACAGUCUUGCCAGACGAGGAGAUUUUAAAUGAAUUCAAUUUGAAAAUUCCAGAAGAAUUCGAUACACCUUUUUCUUUUGAAUUUCUAGUAUCUAGUGUCAUACAUGGCAAUGGACGUAGCACUACCGAUAGACAGUUCUAUUAUAUUAAUUCAAGGCCAACAGAACCAUCUAGACUUAUGAGACUAGUAAACGAAAUCUACAAACAACAUAACUCAAAUCAAUAUCCUUUUGUGUAUUUGAACAUUAUUACCAAAUCGCUUCUAGUGGAUGUCAAUGUCACACCUGAUAAACGACAGGUGUUCAUAGAAAAUGAAAACCUUCUUUUAGCUACGGUUAAGGCGUCUUUGCUACAAGCUUUCAAAAACUUCCCCUCUACUUUUAAAUUCCAAAAUUUGGAUAUUUCAAGCGUCACAAUUAAUCAAAUCAAAGAAGAGAAAAAUAAAUUUAUUGGUCAUAUGAAAAGAGGAAGCAUCUUAGAAAAAUUCGGGAAAUCGACGAAAUCGUCUUCCAAUAACUCGAUCGAUGAAGGCCGUUGUAAUCUAGACUCCUUUCUAAAAAGGAGUACAAGCUCAUUUUCCAACGAUUCGGUUCAAAGUGAUACGUUACAAUCUAAAAAAAGAAAGUUAUGUUCAGAUACUAGUUAUAAGAGCUCUGAUGAUGAAUCCGAUAACAAGUUGGAAGAAUUAUUACAGGUUGCUUGCAAACUAAUAAAAGAAAAGAAUCAUUCUUCAGAAGAUGAAGCAAUACCUGUAAUAGAUGAUAGUGAUGUUACAAUAACUUUGGAUUCGGAACCAGCUGCCGCAAGGCAAAGAAAAACGGCAAACCUUAAUGUUAGCUUAGAAGACAUUAGAAAAAGAUUGGAUGCAACUAAACUUGAAACGGAUGCCAAUAUAAAAGUCCGAUUCAGAUCUCUCAUAAGCCCAGAUAAUAAUAAGUUAGCUGAAGAGGAGUUACAAAAACAAAUUAAAAGAGAAGAUUUCAGUAGAAUGAAGAUUAUAGGCCAGUUUAACAGAGGUUUCAUAAUAACACAGUUAGAUAGUGACCUCUUCAUAAUAGACCAACAUGCCACGGAUGAAAAAUAUAAUUUUGAACAGUUGCAGUUGAAUACUACAUUGGAUAGCCAGGUGUUGGUGAAUCCCAAACCACUACAGCUCACUGCUGGUAAUGAAAGUUUAUUAAUUGAGAACCUUGAUGUUUUUAAGAAAAAUGGAAUGAAUUUUAAGAUUGAUGAAUCUGCUCCAUGCACAAAGAAAGUUUUUUUGACAUCUAUACCUAUGAGUCGGAAUUUCGUUAUUGAUAAAAGUGAUAUCGAUGAGAUGUUAUUUAUGCUGCAGGAAUCAAACAAAACAACAAUUCGACCAUCCUCUGUAAGAGCUAUGUUCGCAAGUAGGGCAUGUAGGAAAUCAGUGAUGAUUGGGAAAAGUCUAUCCAAAUCAGACAUGAGGAGGCUUGUUGAUCAUAUGGGCGAAAUUGACCAACCUUGGAUUACAGCAUAUGGAUCAAGGCGUUAUUGAGACUUUUAAACGGUAUUAUAGAAAAGAAUUGUUACGUAAGUUACUUUUGGAAAAAGAAGAGGAGGGAGAAGAAAGCCUGUUAAGAAAUCAUAAAAAGAUUGAUUUGAAAGACGCGUCCUACAUGAUAGGAGCAGCAUGGAACAGUGUAAAAGAGCAGAACUUGAAAAAAGCGUGGUAUAAAGUUUUGUGUUUAGUGGAAUAUAUCCUGAAAGUGAUAAUCUAAAUAAAAAAACAGGAAGAUAUUUCUGAAAUGAUAGAUAUGCUAAAAAAACGAGGAAUGUGAUUAAGAAGAAGUUGAACAAUGGAUGGAUUUUGAUGAUGAUGAUCCCGGGUACCAAAUUCUGCAGCGAAAUAUUAAAUCUGAUGACUAAUAAAACUGACACCACAGCUAGCACCUCAUCAACUGCAAGUUCAGAUAAUGAAGAUGAAAACAUAAUUGGUGCUUCAGAAGCAUUUACUUGCUUAGAUAUUGCCUUGCGUUGGUUUGAAACACAAGCCGAGAGCGACCAAAAGUACGUGACCUAGCUGCUCGUAAACGGGUAGGCUUAUUUCGGCAGACGAAAAUUGAAGAUUUUUUAAGCGUUAGUAAUUAACACUUAAAAUAUUUUCGCCAAUAUUGUACAUAGAAUGUUUUAUUGCAAACACUGCAGUUUAUUUGUUUUUUAAUUCCUAUUUUUCAAUAAAGAUAUAAUUAUGAAGGUAUGUAAAUAUGGCCUUUAUUCACCCGUGGAUAAAUAAAUAUGUAUGGCUAUAUCAAUACAGUUCGAUUAUCCGAAAAAACCGGUUUUCCGAAAACCCCCCAAUUAGUUCGGAUAAUCGACGC